AUGCCUUUGCGACUUGACGUGAAAAGGAAGUUACUCGCCCGCUCGGAUCGCGUUAAAUGCGUGGAUUUGCAUCCAUCCGAGCCAUGGCUUUUAGCUGCAUUGUACAAUGGAAACGUUCACAUCUGGAAUUACGAGACUCAACAACUUGUAAAAUCAUUCGAGGUUUUUAUUUUGAUAUUCUGAAACAUAGUUCGAAAUUAUGAAAUACAUCUUUCUAGGUAUGUGAUUUGCCAGUUCGUGCAGCAAAGUUUGUUCCUCGCAAAAGUUGGAUCAUCACCGGAUCAGAUGACAUGCAUAUUCGUGUUUUCAAUUAUAACACUCUCGAACGUGUCCAUCAGUUUGAGGCUCAUUCUGACUAUCUUCGGUAGUUACUUCUAACUGAUGGAUAAUAAUGUUUUAUCUAGUUCUAUCGUGGUCCAUCCGACACAACCGUUUUUGAUUACUUCGAGUGACGAUAUGCUUGUCAAGUUAUGGGAUUGGGACAAUAAAUGGGCAAUGAAGCAGUCUUUCGAAGGUUGGGUCUUUUUUAGGAUGGUCCGAAGGAGUAACUUUCAGGUCACACCCACUACGUGAUGCAAAUCGCGAUAAAUCCAAAAGAUAAUAACACGUUCGCAACUGCCGCUUUGGAUAAAACUGUCAAGGUUAGUUGAAUGUGUUUUAACUGUCACUAUGAAAAUUUUUCCAGGUCUGGCAGUUUGGCAGCCAGCAUGCCAACUUCACUCUUGAAGGACACGAGAAAGGAGUAUGUUUUAAUCGAAUAUGAAAAAAAAUUUUCGAUGGUUGGACAAUUUUUACAGGUUAACUGUGUCGACUACUAUCAUGGAGGAGAAAAGCCUUACCUCAUUUCAGGCGCCGAUGAUCAUCUUGUGAAGAUUUGGGACUACCAGGUUACUACAUUUUAUUAUCUUUUUUUUCCAAUUUUCAAUUUUAGAACAAAACCUGUGUUCAAACACUUGAUGGCCAUGCUCAAAAUGUUUCGUCUGUUUGUUUCCAUCCCGAAUUGCCACUCAUCAUCACUGGUAGUGAAGAUUCCACGGUCCGUCUCUGGCACGCCAACACUUACAGGUUUAUUCAAGUUUUACAAAUAGUUCAAUUUUUAAAUUUUCGUCAAAUCUCUAUGCUUUUCCAUUUCGAAUGUUUUUCAAGACUGGAAACUACUUUGAACUACGGCUUGGAAAGAGUUUGGUGCAUCCAGGCCCAGCGCGGCUCCAACACUGUAGCUAUCGGCUACGACGAAGGAUCAGUCACUUUGAAACUUGGCCGUGAAGAGCCUGCGGUACAUUUUAGACCUUAAUUCAGUUUCUCUUUCUCUUCAGGUCAGUAUGGAUUCGUCAGGAAAAAUCCUUUGGGCUCGUCAUUCUGAAAUCCAACAAGCCAACUUGAAGACGUUGGAUGCCGAAUCAGCCGAAGCUAUUCAAGGCAUUUAUCGGUCCUUUCUCUCGGAAUGAAUUUUUUCUUUCAGAUGGUGAGCGGUUGCCACUUUCGGUGAAAGAUCUCGGCUCUUCUGAAAUCUAUCCUCAAACUUUGGCCCAUUCUUCCAAUGGAAGAUUCGUCGUUGCCUGUGGAGAUGGCGAAUACAUCGUCUACACGGCGAUGGCCCUCCGUAAUAAGGAUUUCGGACAGGUUUUCCAUUUUUCCUAUAAAAUAAAGCUCAUUGUUCUGUUUAAGGCAUUGGAGUUCGUUUGGGCUUCUGAUCCGAAUGUCUUUGCGGUGCGUGAAUCCGGCACCAACGUCAAAAUAAAGAAGAACUUCAAAGUUUUUUUUUAAAGCUGACUUUCAUUCAUUUGUUUUUAUCUAGGAUUACAAGCAAGUUCGUUCCGAUUCUGUAAUAGAUGGGAUUGACGGAGGUCCUCUUCUUUCUCUGAGGUUUUGAGUUUUUUUUUUCGAUUUGAAGUUUUAGAAAUAAAUUUUUUUAAGAUCCGAAUUUAAAUUUUUAGAACGGCCAAUUCACUUGUUUUUUACGAUUGGGAAUCAGCUCAACUUGUGAGACGCAUCGAAAUUGCUUCGAAGCACGUUUUUUGGAGCGACAACGGCGAAAUGGUACUGAGCCGUUUUUUUCCUCUGAAGAAUGUUUUUUUCAGGUCGCCAUUUGUGGAGAUGACUCUUUUUACAUUCUGAAGUACAAUGCAGAUGCGUUUUCUAACGCUUCACCUGAAGAUGUCACAGAAGAUGGCGUAGAAGACGCUUUCGAAGUUAUUGGUUAGUUUUUUUCUUGGUUUGGUGCUCCGUUUUAUAUUGCUCUAUUAGCAACCAGCGAGUUUUCUUCUUUUUUUUUUCAUGUUUUGAUAUAUUUUAUUGUAGGAGAACAGUCGGAGAGUAUUCGAACGGCCUUUUGGAUCGGAGACUGCUUCAUAUUCACCACUUCGCUUAACCGCAUAAACUAUUACGUUGGCGGUGAGAUAGUGACUAUUGCCCACGUCGACCGCCCGCUGUACUUGGUUUGUUAAACAUUGAUCAGAAAAAAAUUUUUAUUCUAUUUUUUUAAAAUUUUUUUGUACGUAGGCCCAUUUACGUUCCAUAAUUUCAAGGGACGGAAAUAAAAAAAUUUGGAUUAUUAGUAUUAUUUAACACCUAAUAUUUAGCUAAGAAAAAAAUUCAUAAACUAGAUACGUAUAUUUUCAUAUGUUUUCAUCUCAUUCAAAGGUUUUUGGGAGAUUGGAAGCCUUGUGUUCAGAUUUAUAGCCUUGACCGUUUUACGACCUUUGGCUACCUAAAUAAUAGGUUUUUUUUUGUUUUUGCAAAAAUUAUUUACCGCCAUUAAAGUCUGUGAACUCAUAGGAAAUCGCAGACGUCCAAUAUUUUAAUAUUAAUAUCAAUAUAGCAAAGUUUGGCCAAUUUAAUCUAGAGUGUUCCGGUUUUUAGCUGGGAUAUAUGGCAAAAGAGUCGCGAGUGUACGCAGUGGACAAAGAUCUCAACGUUGUUUCCUACAAAUUGCUUCUGUCGGUACUUGAGUACCAGACGGCGGUGAUGAGGCGCGACUUCGACACUGCCGACAAAGUGUUGACCACGAUUCCCAAGGAGCAAAGGACACGAGUCGCACAUUUCCUCGAGAAGCAGGGAUUCAAGAAGCAAGCCCUCGCCGUCUCUCAGGACACUGAUCACAAGUUCGUUUGUAUUUUCGCAAUACAUGCUUUCAUUGAGGAGAAACGUUGGGAAUAGCCAAAAAUUCUUAUUUUUUAAUUUUUUUUUUUCUUUGCGUAAAAAAAUAAUUCGCCUCAUGCUCGUUUUUUCUCAUGGUUAUUUUACGUUAGCUGAAUGCCACACACUCAGUGCAUUGUUCAACUGUCUGACUUUAUUUUACUUGUACACACUUUUUUUCAGGUUCGAUUUGGCGCUCGGAUUGGGUGAUUUGAAAACAGCCCACGAGCUGGCUUUGCAAAGCGAUUCUGAAGAGAAAUGGAAACAAUUAAGCAAUGUUUCAUCAGUUUAUAUUAUAUUGAUCCAUUCAUUUUUGUUUCUCAGGCAGCGACCGUCAAAUCGGAUUUGGCGUUGGCCAGCGAGUGUUAUGGUCGCGCUCGCGAUUUCGGCGGCCUUUUCCUCCUUGCCACGAGUACCGGCUCUGCUCCAUUGCUCCAAAAAGUUUCCCAUAUCAGUUUUAACAACCUUUCAUUUCUAUUUUCAGCUUGCUUCUGAGGCGGACGCUUCUGACUUCAAAAACAUCGCUUUGAUCAGCAACUUGCUGUUGGGCGAUUUGGACGCUUGCCUGGAGACUCUGAUAAGGUUUUCAUGUCGUUUUUCAACUGUAAACGGAAAAUUUUAGCACGGAUCGCUUGCCGGAAGCUGCUUUCUUUGCUAGAACGCAUCUUCCGUCUCAGGUCCCGCGUGUCGUUGAUCUGUGGAAACAAAAACUAACUCGAGUUCACGAAAAAUCAACCAGGGUAUUCGUAGUUUUUUUGUCUAAAUGUAUGAAUUAAUUUCAGAAAUUGGGUGAAUCUCUCGCCGACCCAGUGAAAUAUGAGAAUUUGUUCCCUGGAUAUGCCGAGUCUGUGCGUGAAGAAGAAGCGAGAAGGUCUUCCAAUGGCCGAAAGCCGCGAGCUCCUGCCCAAACAUGACGAUCUUCUCAUCUCUGACCCGCACGGCCUUCCCAACGGCGUCUCUCUAAGAUCGGAACCUCCGGCCAGCUUGUCCGUCGCUUCGGUCGCAGUCGCUGCUUCUCCUGCGGCUAGCGCUUCUCCAAGGAGAAACGAAUCUCCGGUGGAGGAUCGAUUCCAAGACGACGAAGAAGAUGUCCAAGAGAACGAAGUUGACGCCUCUGUUAGUUUUUCUUUUCUUUUGCUUCUCUCCUUUUUUUUACAGCUAUAUUUUUUUUUACUCGCUAGGGGACGUUUUUCAUCCGCCGGUUGAACUUUUGAUGAAACUUCCCUAAAGUGUACUCCUGAUUGCAGAAGAAAAAUUUCUCGCAAUAGAUAACUCAUAACUCGUAAAAAAAAGUCCCCUAGUUAGUUUGAAAAUUUGAAAACGACCGGCUUAAAUCAUGAAUCAAACAUCUUUUUGAAACCGAAAUUUUCGUUCAUGUAACGCGCACCAUCCGUGACUGUCCCAUUACAAUUUCUAUAUUGAUCUCUCCCAAUCUUCAGAUUUUUUUAUAUGCAUUCUCAAUGUUUAUAAACCAAUUCUUGAGUUUUAUUUUUUUAUUGUAUAUAAAUUAACAACAAAAAAACCUUUUUGCUUUUUGUUGAAUUUUUGUCAAUUUCAGGCUUCUUUUUCCAUGAUUCUUGUUUCAAUAUUAUUUUUUUGUGGUCAGAUGAGAAAAAUUUGAUUAUAUCAACGAACUAUCUAUUUUUUUCAAGAUUUGAGGUAAUUUUUUUAUUCUUUUCUGUUCUUUGUAGUUUUUAAAAUUAUGUUUCAAAUCUGGAAAACUCAUGAUUUAGCAUUCAACUAUAUUGAUCAGUUGCAGCGGGACGACGAAGAUGAUGGGCUGGCAAUGGGGUCGAACGCUCCCGACGUGGUGUCUGACACGAGUCGACCUGAUAUUGUUCCGACGAGGAGCGGUCCUGAUCUUGUACAUGCUGCUCCUCAAUCUCAACCUGAGGUAUGAAACACGAAUUUUUAUAAGUUUUCUUUUGAACCCCCCAAUUAUUUGGAAUUAAAGUUCGAUUAGUCGGAACCUCAUAAUUAUAGAAAUGGAAUUUCGCGCAGAUAGCGACUUUGUGGACCUUAUUUUUAUUGGUGAAAAAGCAUUUUAGCAGACUUUUAAAUUAAAUACUGAACAUGUUCUCCUCGUCAGAGGUUUUCAUCGUUUGACAUAAAGUGUUUUGUCGUCAUUUUUGACUUUUUCGAGCUGUAUCAGGAACAACCGCCCAUCCAUAUAAACAGUCUAUAUUUCGAAGUCAGUUUAAUGAGAUUUUAUUCAGUUCACUGUCAAAAUUAUUGUGGAAUCUUCACAACCGCGAAAAAAUUUUUUUACUCGAUUUCAACUUCCAGGUGGUCGCCGACGCUAACCAGAUACGGUGGUCGGAUGAUGAAGAGUUCGGAGACGCAGAUGGCGGCAACGACAUCAACCUCGACGACUUGAAUCUGGACGAUGAAGAUUGA